GUAUGCUCCGGCGAGCGGAAAGCAAUAAUAAAAUUUGCACAGGCAGAAGGCCCUUGAUGCCCGAGGCGGUGACUGCCUCUGCAUCCUCGGCUAAUUUUGAGCACCAGCUCAUUGCUAAUCCCAGUCCAUAGCACACCAUAACAACUUUUAAUCGCUGAAAUAGAUCAUAGACGUGCAACAAACAAAUGUUCCUUCAAAAUUCGUUCGAGAAACGACCACUUACCAGGCCUUCAUACACUUGGUUACUAAUGGCAGCCCAGAGGAAAAGCAAUGUCAGUCUUACACGUACAAAAGGUUGAAUUAGUGCUAAUAAACAAAUUUACAGAUUGGGGCAGCUUCGUUAUGGGUGAUCGAUUAGCUACUCUGGGUGCUGCUGAUCCGGUUUUGAAGUCGGCCUACGACACCAUAAAGAAGGACGAAACGCUCAUGACUGACCUAAAGAAGAAAGCCUUCGAAAUGAACGUUUCUAUCGACGGCAGGACGCGACACCUUAAGGCUUAUCGCCGUUUGCUGCGCAAGGUCUUGGGCGAAAUGAAUACCAAAUUUGGUAUCGAGUAUUCGCUUCUUUUGAACUCGCCUGAAGAAGAAGACUACGUGGAAAUGGCCCCGAUGUCUUCACCAGCUGGCCAUAGAGCAAUGGAUCAAAGAUGGCCCGGUCUCUUCAACAAGCGAUUGACCAGGAAGAGAGGCCACAUUGAUGAUCAAGAUGAGCGUGCUCCUAAAUAUACACGCCAUGCUAAUGAACUGAAUGGUCAAAUCUCGAACCUAACCCAAGACCUGAUCAAAGUGGUGCGUGGCAUGACGAAGAUGGACGUUCAAUGGUCUAAGUUCCGUAAAGUGGAAGGAUUUGAGAAUCACUAUCGCCAUACACAAUGGCAGGUAGAAAUCAAGGGUUGGGAUUUCGGAUCUGACCCUCUCAAGAAGCCUAAUGCUAUGCAAUGUGAUAAACAUGAGUUGCUCGAGGCGUUGAAAGCAGGAACUGUUUCCUUUAUUGGUCCUGCAAGACCAUCUGGAGUGACGUUCCCAAUGUUGCAGGAAGAACGACAAGAACAAUAAAUAUCUCGCUCGCUCCCUUUUUCACUAUGGCCAGGGUUUAAUUAAUUCUUAUGUUUUUGCUAGAAUACUGACAGAUUUUGAUAGUGAAGUUCAAUACGUUCAGCUGCUGUGGAUAGCACUUAUGACCAACGAAUCAGACUUGUGAUGUUAAUCCAACAUCCGUAUGAGAAGUGAUAUAAGAGUUUGUAUCGUUCAUAUACAAGUUGUGAAAUGUCAUAAGAAUACGAAAGCAUUUGUCUUAUCCUUGCCUAUGGUU